AUGGGCUCUGGAUCGGCGUCCACUCAAUCUAGGCUCAUAGACUACCUUGUUGUUGUUGGCGUGCGGAAACCGACCGUCGAAUCAACUGAGACUCCGGUGCUUUUACGGCGUUUUCCACAAAAGGAUCAUAAAGACUUCGUUCUACCUGGAGACGUAGUUUUCUUUUGCCAACCGGAAGGAUGCAGUACUGUAGCGAAAAAGUUUUCUUUGCGCGAAGCGAACUCGUUCGCGUUUACGUUGACUGAGAAAGAUUCCGGUAAGGUUCGUUAUGGAAUUUGUGUUAAUGUGUUUCGACCUUGUUCGAACUUUAUUCCCAAGGAAAGAAGCGAUUGCAGGGAAAGAACUCUAACUGUGCGGAAGAGGUCUCGACACAGACGAGAUUUCUGCAUGAGUUUGACAUCCUUGUGCAUCAUAUCGCAUCAUCCAUUCUUUCCGACAUUCAGGGAGUGCCUAUUUUUCCUUCGCAAGAUGAUCGACUCGAGGACAGGAAUUACCGGGAGAUUGGACAAAAACGACAACCUUCUUCCAGGCUUGAAUAGCUGGUCCGUGUUUACAUGUACCGAGGACCAGAAAACAAGCCAUUUGGCCGGCGAUAUGGAUGAAGUAGAAACGUGGAUUCAGCGAUUGUUGCUUGCACAAGCUCCCGUGUCAGGACGAACACGCGUGGAAGUUCAACUUCACUCUCCGUCUACCUACCCUCCAUUAAUUUUUGCUGCCCCUGAAUCGAACCGGUUUCCACUUAUAGAUUUUCCAAUUCAUAUUCCUUUGGAGCUUCUUGGUGUGGAGACAUGUCUGAAAGUUUUAACGUGUAUUUUACUGGAACACAAGGUAAGAUACAUGUAAUCUUAUGUAAGUCUCACUCGAUUGAAAACAAACAAGCUUCCACGAAAUGUCCUGCCGCACCAGCAGGUGUAUAGAGUAAUUUUCAUGUGAUUUUACAAUAUUUAAACUCUGUACUUUGCCAUCGUUUUUAUUUUUGGCAGUAUUUUUACUUAAAUGGAGACCAAACUAAGAGAAAAUGAAUUUUAAACUGGUUAACACGCGUUUUGUUAUUCCCUUGGGGGAGCUAAGUGAUAAGCUCAGAGCAAAGAAAGAUUUUGUAAACAAGAAACGUGUCUCUUUGAACCGUCUGGGUUUUUUCGAAAGAAGCCUAUAUCCAUAUUGCGGUGAGAAGCACAACUGUUAUCGAUAUUUCCCUUUUGUACACGUUUCUUUUUGCGUGAAAAUGAUUUCAUUUACACCUGCCCUGUCUUGAAAGAUUGUAAUGAAUGUUUACAUUCGUUCGGGACCGCUGCAUUUGUUGACAUGGUAUAGCUAAGAAUAUAUUGAUCUUGCAGAAUUUUAAAUAUUAAAAUCCUGUGAGUUUAUUUUCUGCUUUUGAAUUAAACAUUGAAAGGCGGGUUAAAAGAAUUUUUAGCCGUGCAUAGCACAACAAAAAAUGCAGAUCUGCUAGGAAGUAAUAAGUAUUUUUAGUAUUUAAUAAAUAUUGCAAAUGUGCUUCAUGUGCACUUUAAUGGCUUUUUUUAGAUUAUGACAAAGGAUAAAAUUUUUAUUUAUUUAUUUUUUAAAAAUUAAUGCUGUAAUCGAUUACAACAGAAACCGCCAUUUACUCGCUAUUGAAUACCAAAACUGUAAUACCUUUUCUCUGAGUUUUGAAGACUUAAAGAUUGUGAUAUGAUGAUCUGUUGUAAGAUAAAAAUAAAUGGAUAAAUAAUACUUUUCAGCCAAGGUGAUUUCUAAGAAGUAAAAUUCUCAAUCUUAAGGUUGAUGACAGCUUUUGAAACUUCCCAUAUGACUGUUCAGCAGACAAAAGAGUAAUACUGUUGUGUGGUACAAAGUUGUUUGAAUUUUGAUAACUUUUAAAAAGUAAAAUUGCAUGAAGGAAUCUGUUGCUUCCACUUCCUAUCUCACAGAAUCUGCAACUCAUUUUAAGGAUUCUUAAUAAUACUCUAUUACAAUAAUUUACUGUAUUUAUGUAGAUAUAACUAAUAAGAGCUACAAUCAACAACAGAAUUAAUUGAGUUGCUUUGCCCUAAAGACCCCUUUUGGCAUUUUGCUAAAUUCUAGAGCCAAGUUUACCUUCUUCUAUCAGUAAUAAUUGGGUAAAAUUUUGUCAACAAAACUUUAAAGCCAGUGUUAUAAGCGACCCAACAACACAAAACUGCACUACUCCGAAGGACUUCUUGAAAGUCUAAUUGAGCCUGGUUGCUCUUAAAAAUUAGCCUUCCAAACUCUUUUAACCAGGUUAGGUUUUGAAAACCAUUUCAUCUAUGGGGCUAAUAUUAUUUGCAGCUUAGGGAAUUAAUUCACUGGGGGCAAACACACUACUGGGUUAAACCACUGCCUUCCAAACAAACCAUUGCAGAAGGUUUGCUAUGAAUCUUAAGUUCCUUUAUGCAACUGAGGAACUGAAAGGCAAUAAAACCUAUGGUGAAUGGUUGGUCUGUGUUAAUUUAAUGCCUGUACUAUAGUCUGCAUGGAAAUGGAUGGAUAAUCUUAAUUUGAUAUUGGAUAUCCUUUAAUUUUGUUAUAGUAUGUGGAUGUUGUUAAGGGCCAGGUUGCAAGGGAUUUUGUAUGGCAAUUUGGUAGAAAAAUGUUACUAGCUACAACAGUACAAGUUAAGAAAAAUAGUACCUUAUUUCCUUGCUUACAUGUACAUCAAAAGUAAAAGUUACAGUCCUAGUACAAACAUGUGGUCAUGCAAAUUGGGAAUUAUCAAUUGAUGAAUCUUAUACCCUAUUGGUGAAUUGUUCGGUGAUGGCUCAUAAUUUACAUGUAGACAUCAAAAGAAGUACAUAUUGUCUGUAAGGGUUAAAAGUAUUUAGUUAGCAUGUAAUCCAAACAGUAUGCAUGCUAAGCAUUCCAAUAAAACAGGUACAGCUGUAUCAUAUACAUCUACUGGUUUUAUUUAUUUUUUUCUACAAUUGUGGAUGCAGCAGCUACAGGUGGUGGAGUCUACUUCUCGUUAAAAUUACAAAGAAAACAGACUCUUGUAGCAAGCUGAAAAAUUCAAGAUCAAGCUCUUAUAUCUUUUUAUAAUUCACUGAUCAAACCUCUGAUCUAGUAAUUGGGAAAUUAAGUUAAGCUGCAGCAGUAGAGGACUUACUGGGUCUUCUGUUGGAUUGUUGCAGUUUUAAUAGGCCAUUUUGCCACUCAAGUCACUCACGAGGUACUGCCAGCCAUGCUGAUGAGCAAAAGAUGCAAUUUGGAUGAACAAGACAAACAAAGGGAAUUACCAUUUUUAAAUGAAGGAAGCCUUAUGUUUGUCAUCUCUCAGUGUGUCCCUAAUGCACUCUAGCAUGGCAAUUUUAUACCAGGGCCAAGUUGUUCAAAGCUGGGUUAAGAUAAACCAGGGUUACUGCAAGACUUUGACUUCAGAUUUGAAGGCUUAAAAAACAUUUCAGUUUUAAUUCUUUUUGUCUACAAUAAGCUCUAAAAAUAAUGGAGAAAAUUAGCCGAGAAAAUGCUUUUGAACACAAGAAAAAGAAACAUGGGUUAGAUUUAACCCCCAGUUAGGUGCUAAUUGGCCUUUGAACAACUGGGCCCAGUUGAAUGACUAGCAGCAAAGCAAGGGGCCUGUGGUGCAUGUACAUGUAGUUAAUGCUCAUUUUGUCUUUCUCAGGUUGUUGUUCAGUCAAGAGACUAUAAUGCAUUAACUAUGAGUGUGAUUGCUCUGACGUCUCUCUUGUACCCUCUGGAGUACAUGUUUCCUGUGAUUCCGUUGCUGCCAACAUGCAUGAACAGUGCUGAGCAGCUGUUGUUGGCUCCCACACCAUUUGUGAUUGGUGUUCCUGCGAGUUUCUUUCGAUACAAAGCUGAAGGAUUUCAAGUACCAGCUGAUGUUUGGGUUGUGGAUCUGGAUUCUAACAAGGUAGGCAACUCAUAACAAUUAAGCUUUUAAAGGGGACGUCAUGAUAUGUAAGUAUCUAUUAACUAACUGCCUGGCUUAAGUGGAAGGUGUGCCUGGGAUACACUGUGGCCAGCCAACUUGGAGGGAAAUUUGCAUCUCAAAAUUGAUUCUUGCUUAUUCGAGGUUUGGCACUUAUUUUAGGUUGCGUUUCAAGAUUGGGGGACUUGUUUUUGGAGAGGGUAAUUUUCGGAUUUUUUCAGCCGGUAGGUCUGAAAAUGAGGGAAUGACGUUUCAAAGAACUUAGCUCCUAAAUUUCCCAGCAAGGGUGGGGCCUUGUCCCUCCUCCUUCCCUAACCCUCCCCCCAAGGAAAGUGCACCUCUGGCGCAUAUUUUUUGCCUUACUGGCUGUGAAUGGUCCUUAGCUGCUGAGCUAAAAUUUAGGGAGAACACUGAAAAAUCAUAAUAAUUAUUAAGAGAAUUCUUGAGGUUAGUGCUCCGUGAUUAAGUUUGUUUUUUAUCUACCUCAUAACUCGACAGAUCAUUUUGUGUAUGGGUAUGACCUCAGAGCAGAAUAGACUGAAAACAGUAAUAUCAUUGUGACAUAGCCCCUAAUUAAAGAUUAUGUCAAGACUAGUGUAUCAUGCAUCUUAUUAAGGCUGCAUGCUGCUUUAAAUCCAUAAUGCUUGCAUAUGACAUAGUAAAUGGUCCAUCUAAUAUCAAUGUUAUUGGACAAUCAAUAACUGUCACUUUAUUUUAAUGUAGCACAGGAUGUUAAUUUUGUAAAAAUCAUUAUUGAUGCUCUUUGUCAGAUUACAGUUCCACUGACGGCAGACGAGCUGCCUCCAUUACCUCAACGGGAAGGAGCAUUACUGAUCAGGAACCUGAAAAUGGUUAGUUUUGUUUUUAAGGAGAUGUACAUGUACUUCUAGAAAGUUUUGACUUUUUUUGUGCAAUCACUUGUUUCACAAUAUUAUUAUCUGGAAGCUUAAAAAUAAUAUCGUUAACCCUUUCACUACCAGAGUGAAUAAUGGAGUUUUGUAAGGUAGCUCUAACUUUUGAGUCUGUGGACGAAAUCCUAUGGUGUGACUAUGCAAAUGAAACCUCUCAAUCUGUACUUUCACAUGGAGCUACUUGGUUUUCAACAUUUUACAAAAUGAAGUUUGGGAUUUUCUAUCGAAUUUUGCCUUUGGCCACAUUUGGCAGUGAAGGGUUAAGCUAUAUGUUUAUUGUAAUUUUAACUACAGUUUUACUGUUUUUUUUCCCACCCUAGGCUCUUCAAGCUCUCAGCAUGCCACCUCAAACUGUGACAAAUCUUGAUGAUUCAGCCCCGCUAGAUGACCUUGAACCCUUGACCCCUGGUGAUACAAAUGGCUUGUCUGGGUCUCUUGUGUAUGGCAAUGAUGUAGAUGCAGUAGACAUUGCAGUUAGAGUGGCAAUGGUCAAAUUCUUUUCCUCACCAAACGUUCUUGGAGGUAUUAAGGACCACACAAGGACACUGAGACUCUUUUCUCGCCCUGUGGUAGCAAUUCAGACAGGUCAUUUCCUGAGAUCAAGGCCAGAGCUGUCAGAGUUUGUUCUAAGGCUUUCAGAGACUCAGGUGAAUUUUAGUAUUUUUUUUCUCCAUUGAUGUUAUUUUUUUUCCAGGGUGACUUUGCUUUAUGUCAAUAAAUUAUUGGAAUGGACCUGUGUGAUAGCAGUAUAAGGGUAGCAGGAAUGUAAUCCCCCAACCUCCCAUUUAGGGCUCAGGUGAACAGAUCCGUUUACAUGCCUUAUUAUGGGAAUCAUAUGGGUUCCUCUAAGGGCUAGCUAUGAGGGCUGUAAACCAGAGGAGGUUUCUCCCAGCUACUAUGAGCAAUUGCCCAUUAGCUGCUUUCAAAGGAAUAAAAAGAGGAAGAUAAUACCAAAAAUGUGUGGUUCUAAAAAAUAUCCAUACCUCCCCCACGAAAGGGAUUUUUCCUUAGACCCCCCCCCCCCCAACCUCUCUGGAAAUUCCAGUCAAAUUUUAGGCCUUUGAGAGCCCCCACCCCCCAGGAAUAUCCAAUCCCUUCUGUCGGGGAGUAAGGAUAUUUUCUGGAACAACACAAUAUUUCUUAAGUCUUCAAACCCCUGCCUUCUAAUUGCAUUACCUGGAAACUUUAAAUUAAUCUCAGUGACAAUCCUGUGAGGCUAAUUCACUGACCCUCUUAAUCCCACUACCCAUGAACAUUGUGCUUAACAAUAAAAUAAUCAUUUGUUUACCUGAUUGAGGGCAUAUAAAUUAUAAUAGUGCAACUAUAAUAAGCACAAAAACUACAUUAAACCCAUCAACAAGAUGAACUUGGGAGCAGGUGCCUUAAAGGUGGAAGGGCCUAUAAUGCAAAAAGAGAGCAUUGCCUUGGAGGUAACCAUGGUAACCAAGUGAGUGCCAAUCACCCGGCACCGUCACACUGAAAAGAGUUCAGUGGAAUACUUAACAAAACCUAUACUUUAAUACCUAUCCAAGGGUGGGAGGAUUGGGAGCAAAAACCAGCAGAUGUCACAGGUCAUGACUUGCACUGAUCUGCAAAGAUCAACAAAGCAAAGCAGAGCUCAGAUAUGCAAUCACAUGUAAGCCCCUGCAGUCGCGGCAACCACCCUGCACAAGCCUGCAUUCCUGGGGUUCAACUGCUGACCCUCUAGUGUUGUCUUGAGGUUAACCUUGCCUAAAUUACAAUUUGGCCACAUUAAAAGAAUUACAUACAUUGUAUACAGUUGUAAAUAAUUAAUUCAUGUACAGGAAUGAUUAUCAUAAUGAUUUUUUGUUGGUGUUUUAGUCACUAGAAUAUUAUGGAGAGUGGUUGAUCUACCCAUCCAACACAGUUUUUACCAAGAUCCUUAAAGGUAAAUUAUUAUAAGUUAUUGUUUUGUUUAACUCUUCAGGCAACUGUAAAAAAAGGUAACAGUAUACAAUCUGUGGUGAUUUUGCUACAAAAAGUUAUGAUGAGUUCUGGGACUGCUGGGGAAAAAUCAGGAGUCCCAGUUGAAAAACCAAUGAGUCCAAAAUGCUUGGGCCUUUAUGUAUCCAGACAGUUUAUCUGAAGACAGACUCCAAAACUCUGUAUUAAGUAGCAUACAGUAUACUGAAAUUAAUUUGGAGUCCUUCUACUUUAAAGGGAACCUCCACUUUACAACAAAAAGAUAACUUUAAAUCACAGGAAAUAACUGUUAUAGUCAAGUCAAUCUAAAAUAUUUUUAAAGAAAGCGUUUGUAUCCGAAAGAAAUAACUUUUGGAUUCGCCUAUUUUUGUUUUCAAAUUUUGCGGGCGUCACCAUCUUGAAUAAUUGUGAAGUGUUACGGUUGCCCUAUUGUUAUUAAACAAAAGCUCUUUGUGUCAGAACAAUAGAGCAACCGUAACACGUUACAAUUAUUCAAGAUGGCGGCGCCCGCGAAAUUUGAAAGUGAAAAUAAGCGAUUUUAAGAUUCACUUUUCCUGACAUAAACACUUUUUUUAAGGACAAAUUUCGAACAAAUUUGUUUAUCAACAUAAUUUUAUUUGAUUUAAACUUAUUCUGUAGUAAGAGUGGACGUUCCCUUUAAAGCACAACAAAGACUAAAAGAAAUAUGCCUAGUUUAACAACAGUCGUAAUAACUGCCACAGAAAUCACACAGACAGGAUAUUCCCGGAUUGAUCGACCAAUUUUGCAUCCUACGGGAUGCAUGCCAUGAUUUAUCUUGCAUCUUUGGGGAUUUUUAUGGGUCAGGGAAGCAAGAUGCAGAGGUUACAAAAUCACUGGUCUCCCACAAAAAAUAUUACACUACUAUUUCAAUAUUGUAGUUACUUUUACAUUACAUUCCUGACUUCUGCAAGUUUUGUUUUCUGUCAUCAAAAAUUAUGUAUGCAGGCCAUUUUUUCAAGUAAUAUUAACAGCAGCUCUCUUUGGCAAGUUUAGAUUUGGUUUCCAAAAGUAUUUCUUGCUUCUUCAAGUUUCCUUUAAUAUCAGUACCUUAGCACAUUGUACGAAAGGCAACUUUUUUUCCUUCAAGGCAUUCAUGACCCACAAAUUAUUGGAGACAAGGCCAAAUGGUUUGCAGGGGACUUGGAACCUGUUGUCUACCAAGUUUUUGAUUCACAAUCAAAGAUUUGCAGAGAACCUUGGAUUGAUGUUGACUAUGAACCAAGCUUGAUAUUUGACGAAGAAGAAAUCACCCCUAACAACGAUGAGGAUGAUGACAGCAGCAGUUGCCAUAGCUCCGUCGGUGACCUUGUGCAAAGAAUGAAAAUUGGUGAAAUCAAUGGAGCCACGCCUCUUGGACCUCAUGCACCCCCAUUUGCACCUGUGAGGGCAUCUUCUCCAAUGCCAGAAUUGCAAGCAUCUUUUUCUCUCCCAAGCUUACAUGCACCAGUGGUGAGGGGAAACAUGUUGGAUAUUUCAGUGAUCAAUAAGGGAGGAUCAAGGUAUCUAUUUUAAAUCCUGUUUGAUUUUUUUAAAUCCUAGUUAAUUCUUAAGCCUGUGUUUGGAGCAACUGCAGAAACCAUGAGUGAUGAUUUAUUUAUCGUGAGUUCAGAGGCACUUUCCAUUCAGCCCAAAAUUCUAGAAAUUUUGGUUAGAAAUCAAAUGGAACAGACCGUUUCAGUUCGGUCUGACCAGAAUAUUUGGGACCACCUUUGAAAGUUUUCCACUUUGACCAGUCUGCUCAUUUAGGUCAGUCGAACCGAAAUCUCCCAGCCUUUACAUUUGACAAGAUUUUUGUCUCCAUUACCACUCCCUUGUAUCCUGCUUACAAGAACAAUGAGCAAACGGGUAGUGGCUUGGGCUGGGUCGGUGUAACCAGAAUUAAUUUUACUGUUCCAUUGGGCAUUGGAAUUUCCAAAAUUUCAAGCCAGAAUUAAUUGUAUUAAUUAAUUUGAUUAUGUUUUCACCCUCAAGGCCGGACCAUUUUGACGCAAGCACACCGGAUUCAGCAGCUUUUUCAAUCAGCAGUGGGGAUUCUUGCUCCAUUAAUGGUGAUGACAGUGAAGACUUCAUGUAUUCUGUGUCUAAUCCACCCACUCCUCAACUUGCAAGACGGAAACAUGCCUCAGAAGCUGAGAGUGAACACACUUUCGUGUCUGGUAUGUCAGAUCAGUCCAACUCAUCUGGAAACACUGUGAUGUCUGAUAAACAAAGCAUGUUUAUAAACAGCACUGAAGCCGUCCUAGGUAAGGUGUUAUUCACUCAGACAUAAAACUAAGGCUUUGUUCACCAGAUACGGCUUCUGUUCACAAAUAAGAAUAGCGAUUUUGGCACAGUUCCUGUAACAGAGUGUUGCUGGGCUGGGCCAGUCUCUAAAGUGGAGAGUCACAUAGCAGAUAGAUGUUCAUACAGAUUACUAUACUGCAUAGCUUUUUGUGUUGGCCCAAAGCCCUAUUCCGUAAUGAGUAUAUAUGGUGGAACAUACAUUGCUGGAAAGACAGAGGACAAAGGAGAUUGCUGCCUGAGAAAAUAACUCAAAGCAGUGAGCUAAAUAAAAGCAGGAGGUAAAAUGCUGUAAACAAAAUACAUGUAGAAGUGACCCUUCACCAAAACAGAGUAUUUGGUCCAUCAAAAUAGUCGCGAAUUGAUGACUGAAACUGAUUUUAGUUGAAACCUUUUUAUAAUCUCUGUGAAGUCUACAAAUGAAGAUUCAAGCGAAGAACAUGUAAAUAUUUAAAAACAAUGUUCAUUCGGUCAAAAAACUUGGAUCACUUUUAGCCCAGAUAACAUUAAAUACUAACAUUUGAACGUGACUCGAAAGUUUGAUUUAUGCUAACAAAUUAAAGCCACCCGCACAAGUACAACUGCACUCGCUCAGUCAGCGAUGUAAGAACUCAAGUAAACCGAAUACAAGCAAACAACCUGCGUGUAAAGUUUUACAUGCAAAUUUUCCUAAUUUGCGUGUAUUUUCUCGUGUCUUUUUGCGCAUAUUUUUUACACAAGUGUUUCACGUGUGUUUUCCUCGUGGAAUUUGCAUGCAAUAUGGUGGAUUUCCACGCAUGAAACAUGCGUGUAAUGCUGCAAUGCCCAUGGCCUGUACUGUAGCUUAAGUCACAGCCGUUUAGAAAGUAAAUGACGUCUACAUGGAUUGUAUCUUGAAGUCAUUAGACUUAUCGUUCAAGUGGUGGAUAGUACUCAGUCGGGCCGAUGUACAAUGUAUAUAAGUUAUUAAAAUAUCACGUUCCGAAAACAGAAUGCUACAAAGGUUCAUUCGUACAGGGAAGCACUAAUGUGGAACUCUCUGGUUGAGAACUUGAAAUCAGCUAAAUCUUAGUACAUUUUUUAAAAGGAACCUAUCAGUGGCUAUCAAAUCGUCACUUAAUGCUUAAAUUUCUCUGCUAUUGUCUCUUUUAAUUCAGAUUGUAAAUGGUAUUUUAAUUAGGUAGAGAUUUGUAAAAAUAAUUACAAUUGUACUUUGAUGGUCACUCUAAUAGACCUUGACUGUGUACAAUAUGUAUUUGAAAUGGCUUUCAUGUGAAGAAGUUAUUAGCUUACUGAAACUACUUUAUUGAAAUCAAACAUAACAAAGUAAGUAGUGUGUAUGAAAUGUAGUUGAAAAGUGGUGUUUCUCAGUUUGAGAAUUUAACAGUGUUGCUGAGCCAUACUCUAUUUAAACGUCUCAUUUUGGUACUUUGUAGGCUUGUGGAACAGUUUCAAAAAGUCCACUAUGAGUGUGACAAAGCAGGAAGCCGGAGACAAACCCACAAUAAAUGGCUUUGCAAAGCGAGUGUCUGGCAGUUCAGUUUCAGACAAACUAUCCCCACAAGAAGAAAAAUCCCCCCUUUUCCCCUUCCCAGGUAAGAACAAGAAAUUUAUACAGGAUGUGUCUCCAGGGAAGACAACCUGGAACUCCCUUGAGACCAGCAUGUGGGAAACCCCAGAGACCAGGGGUUCUUACCAUUUACAUGGGAAAAAGCAGAAAUUCUGGUUGCAAAAUCAAAUGGUUUGCACCGUUCUGUUUGAAUUUGGAAGUUUCAGAAAAAAUAUAUGGGCUGUGUUUUGAGGCGAUGCAAUUUUUCCACCUUUUUCAGUUGGAUAUCCCUCUUGUAGCGGACUGCCCUCCCACCAUGUCAAAUUUUAUGGUUUAAUAUCAGAGAUGCCAACCUCUGGAGACCUAAAAUCGGGAGACUGUCUUUUUUUCACUACCCCCCCCCUGGAAUUUCAACAACCCCCCCUCCCCCGAAAAAUUGACCCAGCCCCCAAUGGGAAUGACUUAGGACAUUGUAUGACGUCUUACAUGAUGUACAUACUAUCAAAUUCGAAAUCAUCAUUUUGAUGCUAGAAAUAAUCUUUGUCAAUGACUAAAUACGUGCAAAAAUGCCCCAGAAACUGUACUGCGAAUAAGAAAAAGUCAAGUUUUUAGCUAAAAAGGGGCUAAAUCUCAAACUAAGUCUGUUUAAUUUUUUACUAAGUAUUCAAUAUUUAUAGCGGACGUAAAAAGCGGGAGAUUUAUGUACCAAAGCGGGAGAACGGGAGAUGAGGCAAAAAAGCGUAAGUCUCCGGCCAAAAGCGGGAGAGUUGGCAUCACUGUAAUAUAUGUUAAUGCACAAGAUUUCCACCUGGGUGGUUUGUGUGAAUGGUAAGCACCCCGGAUUUCAAAGCAACUUCAAUUCAUCAACUCAGUAAAACAAGCAUUCCCUUUGCAUACUUGUCCAAUACUGUGACAAAUUUGUGCAUGCAUUUGUUAAAUUCUGCCUCACCAUUACAUCAUGUGGGGAUCACGUGAGAUUGCAUGACCUGCGGGCCCAGCUCAAUGCGUUCUUGCUUAGCGAAGUGUUCGGAGGUUUCAGCUGAUUCUCUCUGUUUGUGUGAGAAAUUUGGAAGAGUACCACGCCAAUGGACGCUGUACUGUAAACGAACGGUUUUAAGUCACAUGUGGUCUAUAUUGGUGAAAUCACCAGAACCACAAGUGGUAUAGUACAUAUAGAUUUAGGAGACAUGGCGGGAAAUUCUGAAGUCUUAUCUCUAGGGCCAGACAUUGGCUAAAUUUGUUAAAUUAAUUUCUCACUGUUUUGCUUCGUUCUUUAUUGUUAUGCUUUUGUACAGUAUUGUGAAGUGAAGACAUUACAAUACAUUGCCAUGCAUAAAUUUGUUGGGGUAGUGGACAACCUUCACCCUUUGGGCUUGUAAGUGAGACACCCCUGGAACCAGAAAGUAGGAUACCCUACCUUACUUUUUAAGGCCAAACAAGGUCAAAAAAAUUAUUUUCAAGGCCAGGCUCCCCAGCCUCUUAUCCUAGGGUCUUGAUGAGUGGGCCCCCACUUUAAAGGUUGCAUUUUAUAUCAGAUAAUUUAAUACAAUGAUGACACAUAUCAACAUUGAAAUGUAUUUGGCCCCGUUGAAUCAGCAAAGGUACCAAUUCUGAACCUGAUUGGAAAAAUAAAAUUUAUUAAUCGGGUUCCUGACCAAUAUUUGGAUGCGCUCCUUUACAUGUACUUGAAGAUCUAAAAUGUGCUUCUGAAUUCUGCCCUAGUCUAUUCUGGUAUUACAUUUGGUAUUGCUAAAAUAUUGUGCAAUCAAAAAAUAAAUUUAUAAGUAAGUAAAUAAGUAAAUUACAUUUUGUUUACAUGAUAUUUUAAAAUAAGUUUACCUGUAUUUUACUAAGUACUUGUGUAUUUGCGGUUUCCUUAGGAAUCAGACAAAAGCCAACAGUGCCUGGAGAUAAAGUACCAGGAAGACAGCUAUUGACAAAACAAACAUCCACUGAAAAAGCAAUCCAAAGGUAUGACAAAAGUCAUGUAUUUUCAAGCAGUCACUCUGCAAUUUCAGUCUGGCAUAUUACCUAAUACAUGAAUGUGCUCUAAUAAAGUGUGUACUCUCUAACUGGGACAGAUGGAAAAAGGAUUGUCCCAUCACAAGAUUUUCUAAAAACAAAAGAUAUUCAAGUUUUUUUGCAAAUGGACCAAUAAUAUUUAAGGUUCAACUGUAUACAACAACAAAAAAAUUUUAAAACUUUAAAAAUAAUUGUUUGAAUUUCUGCCUGUCAGGAAAUAGCAUUCAAAUUUGUGAAUGUUUUUGGUCCAUUUGCACUGUAAAGUGACAAUUUUAAUCUUUGAGUGACAAGUCAGUUCAAUAUUGAAAAUCAAUAUUGAAAAAACAAAUGUCAUUUUAUUUUUUAAAACUGAUUGGUUAUCUGUAAAUGGAUUUUUGUGAUUUAUAGGAACACAUGAUAGUACACCAAAAAAUGUGUUUCUGUGGAAAAAUGAAUGUUCAAAUGAGCAUUUUUUUGUCUUUGUAGAAAACCUUUGUGCUAAGCUCCUUAAUUAUUAAUGUCGUAAACUUUGUAUUAAAGUUCUAUUAUUAAUGGUGGUGUUUAGUAUUACAUUGUAUCUACACUGUGACUGUAUGGUAGUUUUUGAAUGAAAUUUGUUUGAGAGGACUCUCCAAAUUAAAAUUAUAUUAAAAAUUAUAAUAAAUUAACAAUGGAAAUAUUUUCACAGUGACAAUCAACAGUUUCUGAAGGAAGUUGUCCGCAGUGUUCUUAAAGGAGAUGGUGUUGGUUGGCUUGCAACAAAGAGGCUACGUAAGUUGAUGUGUGAUGAGUCCCUUAGAGCCAUGGUGGCCAGUCGUCUCUACAAUGCCCCCUCUGCAGACACGAAUACAGAUGCCGUCGAUGACAUGGUAAGUCUUCAGUUGUGAUUAUUUAAAAUAGGAGGCAGCGUACGUUGUCAAGUGGCCAGUGCAUCGGGCUUGCAAUCCUGAGUGUUCCUGGAUUCAAAUCCAACUCUAGCCACUUCCUGGAUUUGUUCUCAGUCAUCUUGAGUUCAUCUCCUCGGCCAUGCCUAUAUAGCCUACUGACUGUCUCCUACCAGUUGGGAUUUUAAUCCUGUUAUGGGCUGCUUCAUGUUCCAGGUAUUUUGCCAGAACAUGUAAAUUACACAUCCCACCAGGUGUCUUGUAGGGCAUAUAUUGUGCGUGUUCCACUAGGCGUGUGUAUAAAAUGUCAAAGCAACUUCUGACUAAAACCUCGUGUAAAAGUUUGACACUAGUCUUUCACUGCCAGAAUUUCUCAAUACUAAAUGCUUUUCCACUGUCAGAGAUCUCACUUUUAAUAAGAUCUUAAUCAUACACGUACAGCAAAUCUUUCUUUGGCAAACACCAUGCCCCACCUUAUGUCUCAUCCCAUAAUCUAUGCUUGACUUCUUGUAAUUAAUAAAGAUUAUAUGUGUGUUGAGGCAGCAAAAUAAAGUUUCUCCUUUUCGUAAGGACACAUGUCCAACCAAAAGCAUUGUCACACAUUCAGUACAUUACGUUGACUUUUAAUUUGUUUAUUACCGUACAAAAUUAAUCUUCAUCUAUAAAAUGAUAGUCUAAAGUAUUUGAUUUGUCUAGUUACUAUGUGUAUUAGCCCUCCAUGAAGACAGCUGGUCACGCAAUCCUCUCCAGUGUGGGGAAGGAAUGCAUGACAAAACCCUUAACUCUUUGAGCCCCACUAGUGACCCACAUCCAAUUUCUCCCAACAUUAACACUGACUGCACUGCCUGAUCAAACAGACAGGUCGUGAAAAUUAUUGAAAUUAUCACCAAAGAUGAAAUGUUGUGAUGUUAGAACAAAUUCUCUCAAGAAGUACCAUAAGGAAUGUAUGAAGAACAGUGUGGAGAAGAUUCAUGUUGAUGUUCGGACUUAAAGGGUUAGAACGUCCGCAUGGGAGGCUACAUGUCCUAGGGAAAAUUUUGAAUUGUACAUUGUCUGAUGAUUGACUGUUAUUGCUAUGCAAGUGAGGGUAUAGCAACGUGUGCUUGAGAUAAUUUGGUUUUUUUUUGCUAUGUACUGUGACCUUUUUUUAUUGUACUCACAACAUUUUUUGUUGUUUCAUGAUUCUUCCAUAAAUUGUUAUUUCUUACCAUGCAGCUCAUCAGUAGCAUAAUUCCUCCAUCAUUUCUUCUGGCACAGUAUAAACAGGGCCAUUCCACUACUGGCUUAGACUCGAAACAAGAGGCAUCUAGCACUGUUGUUAGUAAUCGUUAUUGUAGUUAAAUUUAACUGUUUUUUAAAUUUUCAUUUGAACUCUAAAGUACCGUAAGUCUUUUACAAUAUUGGACAUGUAAACAUGUAAACAAUGUCACAGCAACAUACUGUUUUGUAGUUUUUUAACCGUUUUAGUUUGUCUUUUGAAUUUGUUGUUUCUUUUUCCUUUUUCACCGCCUUUGCAACUUGAAUUCCUCUUUUGCUGAUGUUUAUUUUGGUUUCUCUUUACUUUUUUACUAGUAUCUUUUUUCUGUUCUUCAUGUUGCCAAUCAGCCAAGCUAUCUUUUCAUCGUUUUCUUUCUCUCUUUAUUAUUUAUUUAUCUUUUUGUUUGUCAAGGAUCGGUAAUUUUAAGUUAAACUCGCAAAAUUAAAAUUAAUGCCUUUUUUUAAAAAAAAUAAAUAAAUAAACAAGACAUUAAUAGCAAAGUUUUUAAACUUAAAUGACACUAGUUAAUCGCGCAUGAUAAUUUUUUUAAAUAAAUUAUACACUGUUCAGUUCUUUCAAGGGGUGUAGAAUGGUGUCAGAUGCUGAAUGCUUUGAAUCUUAUUUUCCAAAGCUUUAUAAGCUAAAAAAAAACAUACAAAACAUCUCAGUUUGUUGUUACUUUUUGAUGUCACCUUCGUGUUCAUCUGUUGCCGUUUUAAAGUUGCAUACAUCCAAACUGACCGUAAUUUUCGAAGGCCAAUCAGAAACAUGCUUGGGUUAAAAUAGUAUCAGUUUUCUUCACUUCCAGUCUUUUGCUUCACAAUCAAAGCUCUUGAGUUUAACCUGAGACACAGCCAACAUUUUGCGACGUCGCAACUGGUUUUCCGCGAAAUGACGUUUGAGUAACGAGUGCAGAAAUUCCAUACUGAUGACGCGUCACUACCCAGAUCUGGGUAGAGCUUCUGUAUGGUAGAAGCAAAUUUCCCACUCGGCACGACCAAUCAGAAGCAAUACGCAGAACUGGGAAGUGACACGUCAUCAGUUUGGAAUUUCUGCGCUCAUUCCUCAAGCGUCAUUUGGCGGGAAAACCAGUGGUGGCGUCGACAAGUGUCGACUGUAUUCUCAGGCUAAUUAGGGGUCUGACUUUCUUAUUUGGGUUUAUACCCUACGAUAACUUGCUGUUUAAUACAUAAAAGAAGCUAGUGGCCGCUUCGAAGGGUUUAUCUGUCUGUGUUAUUUGGUAACCUUUUGGAUACGUUGACUAAAGCCAUACUAAAAACCUUGUGGUAAUUAGAGAAUCUUUAAGAAAGGCCAAGACCAUUCUACACUCCUUAGAAUAUAGACAAUUGCAGGCUGCUGAGCUGUCACCUUUUGCACUUUAUUGUUACUAAGCACUCUCUUCACUAUGCUCUGUAUGCCACAGCCUAAACUCUGGUGGAACAGCUUGUCCUCACUCUCUCUCGGAUGGUCUUCGCCGUCUUCUUCUUCUUCUUCCACUUGGGGCUCUGGGACUGACUUGACCCAGUCUCCGGUCCCUGAAGCAAAGGUAGGUCAGCCUUCUGCUUUCUCGGUCACCAUGACAACGUGAUUUCCUUCCAAAAUAGGUCCUAUUGUUUCAUGUAUUUGCUUGCGUUAGUGCCCACUUAUGAUGCUGCAAGUUGACUGGUGAACUAUGACAGUUAAGAGGUUAAAUCCGUUAGGAAACGCAAAAUCGCAAACGCACGAUUUACGUAACGAUUUCUUUAUAGUUCUAAAAGUGAACCUUAAAAAUUAAUAAUUCCUAGCAUGAGGAAAGCUAGACUAAAGACUUUUGUAAAAGAUCCAGUACCUAUAAACAUUAACCAUUGUAAUUGUCAUGAAGCUCUCGGGGAACUCGAUUCUCAUUGGCCUGUGAAAACACAUCUUGCAUUGUUUUCAGGGCAAGGGACAUUGCUUGAAUCAUUCAUCUUUUUUUUCGCUAGCUAAUAGCCUGAGGAAAAAGUCUUUUUACGACGUCGCCACUGAAUUCCCAGCGAAAUGGCGUUUGAGAAACGAGCGCAGAAAUUCUAUACUGAUGACGCAUCACUACACAGAUCUGGGUAGCCUGUGAACAGGCUCUCUGUUUGGGGAAAAAAAUAGCAAGGAAAGGGAAGGGAAAGGGGCGGGCGCUUCCCUCUCCCUAGUUCUCCGCUCGACCAAAGGCCUGUUCACAGGCUAGAUCUGGGUAGCGCGUCUGACUGAUUGAAGGAAAUUUCCCUCAACUAAUAAGAAGCACUGCCCAUAUCUGGGUAGUGACUCGUCAUCACGGAGUUUGGAUUUUCUGCGCUCGUUUCGAGAGCUUCAUUGCACUUCGAAUAACAAGACCCUUGCAAACGCUAGGAGUAAAUGUUCACCGAACUUAUUAUCAGUGUUUUUAAAAUGUUAAAAUUUAUAAUAUAAAUAUAAUAAAUAAAUAUUACAAAUGUAAGAUAUAUUCGAGGAAAUAUACUAGAACUCAAAUUUUCCCCUUAAUAUAGAACCAAAUCUAUAGGAGCCACAUUAUUAAGGUCUAAAUUUGACUCUAUUGUCGGCUUGGUCACAAUAAUGUCAUUUUAUAAUAACUAUCAAAAUUCGCCUUUUUGAAGAUCUUUAUUUCACUUUGUUGGAUUAAAAAAUAAUGAUAUACAGAGAAAGGAAAACGCAUUGAAUUUUGGUAGUUGGAGGAAAAUUGUGACAUUGUCGUGAUGUUGGCCUGUGGACGCUUUCAUUGUGAACAAUGGCAGUGUCUGGAUUUGCUGCACAUAUGGUUCUGUCUAAGACAGUUCUGUCAUAUAUUGCUAUGAACGCGGCUACGCUACUAUUCCUGUUGAGAUAUACUUGUUACCAAAAGUCAUUUGUGGAGGGGGUGGGAAGAGGUUGGAUGGUGAAUUCGCCUUACCCUAAAAUGAUUCUUUAGUCUUCGUGUUAUUUGGUCCUUGUGCCUCGUUUCAAGCUAAAUCUUCGUUUAAACUCUGCAAAUGCUGUCAAUUGACAUAAACAUGACAGAAUGAUAAAAUUGUCCCCUUUUUAUAAUGAGGUCAUUUUAGGGUGGUGUCAGUUAGCAGACCUUGAUAUUAUGACUACUCUGAUUCCUCUCAUGCCCAUUUAUUUUCGAGUAAGAACGCUCCAUUAAUGCGGUCACCUCGUUAAUGCGUUCAACGAUCAUUUUAUGAAAUCUUAUAUUGCUUUACAAAUUCACCUUGUUAAUACGACCACUCUUACCAAGAAGUAUUCAUAUCACGUCAAUACGGCCACUCUCAACCCCCAGCCUCGUCCACGGGCUUUUCCCCCGAGAAAAUGGAAAAAGCCUUUUGAACGGGGGUAGGUCACCCCUUUAAUACGAGCAAAUUCUUAUGUCCCUUUGUUGGCCGCGUUAACUGACUUCCACUACUUCAACUGUAACAAUUUUGAUUGUCUUUUUUACGUCCGAACUAUGGCCCCCAACUGUAGUGCAUUGAUAACUCCACAAUGUAUUGUUAGAGUAUGCCUUUAACCGGGUCCUGAACUAUGUACACUAUGCAUGUACGUUUGUUUAUAGUUUACAGGUAUGCUGUCCUAUUGAUAAGCUAUCUGUUUAACAGAGGUCGUCUUAACCCAAAUCUAAUUCUUCUGUUUUUUUUUUUAGCGUGUUUCUCGAAGUGUCUAUAAAGGGAUGCUUGAGGUCCUGAAAGCCGCAGUGUAUGGCUUCGAAGUCAGUGUGGAAAAUGAGGAUGUGAAAGGCAUUGCCUCAGCAUUCCAGUUCCUUGAAAUUGCCCACACUCAUUAUCAUGGGCGUGACAUUAAGGAUGAGAUAGCAAGGUUGCGUGACGAUGAUGAUAUGUCAAUUGUCUCUAACAGUGAUAGCACGAUCUCUAAUUUGUCCGACCACUCUCGCGACAUGGCGUCAGUUCGUUCCUGGGUUGCCGAGACAGGUCAGUAAUCCUUAUUUGAUUAACUGUGUCUUAUGUCGUUAGAAUUGUUCUGACUGUUAUCCUCAUCACACGAUUCAUUAACAACAUCAGCAUCUCCGCUAUCACCACCAUCAACUACAUUUCCAUGGUUAUUGCCAUCAGUGCCUUCGUCAUCGCUGUCGUCAUCAUCACCACUAGAGACCUUUAGAUUCUAAGACGGGGACGGGUACGAGGACGAAGUUUUCUCCAUACUGAGUAGUGCGCGCGCGUAAAUCAGCGUCAUUUUGGCGGGAAAACGUGAUAGCCGUCGUCAUUCUACCACGAGCUUACGCAAGAAUGUUUUAGUGGCGAAAAUAGGUUAUCACAUGGUAGAGGUUUUAUCACUUUUUGAUGGGGAGGGGGCUUAAACUCCCUCAAUAAAAAUAACUUUGCUAACUUUUCUGAUAAGAAAGUACAAUUGAGCUUUUCAGGGGUGUAUUUAAUGAGGAGACACGAAAUAAUCUUAAGUUUAAUCUCGUCUUCGUAUUCACUCUUGUCCUUGAGGUCUCCACUCUGACCAUCAUCAUCCACCACCUUUGUCGUCAUCGUCAUCAACCACACAACAACCACCCGCACUAUCUUCAUAAUCACCAGGAGCCGCUCUUGUUACCACCACCACCCAUCAUCAUCAUCAUUAUCAUCACCGCAUGAUCGUCCGCAACGUAGCUUGCCCUGUUAUGUUGCCUUCUAUGGUUUGAGUUCAACUUAACUUAAAAUUAUUUAAUUGUUGGUUUUCACAUGACUUCACCAAAAUUCAAACUAAAAAACUAUCGAUCCUACCGAGAUUUUUCUUUCACGGUGCAUUAGAGCAACUGGGAACUAAUUCUCUUGGUUUUGUGAUAGAGUACACUUGAAUUUCUAAGCUUUUGCGUGACGCGGCAUGUACGUGACGGCCAGGAGAGCUUUCAUGCAGGUUAAAAAAAACGACUUUUUUCAGGAAAUUUUGCUAUGUAAACAGUUCAUUUAUUAGAAAAAGUAUUACUUUAAUGUUUAUUAGUUUCUCGAAGAAUAAAUUCACGCUUUUGUAGCAAAACUCGGUAACAGAUGUUUCUGUUGGUUUCCGUCCGCCAUGUUGGAGCUCAUCCAGGUGAGCACCAGCAUGGCGUCUCCAUACAAAUCUCUAUAAGUUUGGGUAAAACAUUUCUUAGAGUAUCUCGUAUACGAGAUAUUCCUCUGACCUGAAUCUUGGCAAGGGUCUUUGUAUAUGUACCUCCUUUCAUUUCCCAGAUUCUGGACUUUAUCUAUUGAACGGUUUUGAUUUUUAUUUUGAUUUAUUUUGAAUGGCGUGAUACUGAAAACCAGCAAUUGUCUUGCAGGCAAAAGACAUGCGAUGCUAAAUGGCAAACUUGAUGAAGAUA